GUUCCCUCCAUUCACUCUGUUCGCCUCCGUCAACGAGCGAAGAAGUUCACGGUAUGGCGCGUUACGUACUUGGACUGUUGCUCCUAGCGAGCAGCUUAACCGUGCUGUGUGCAAUCCCAACGGACAGACCUGCCGGCGAAGCUGCAAGCGAAGCUCCACCAACUUCUUCCGUGGCUAUCACUCAGUCACCGGCAACCUCUGAGUCUGCUAGUCAGCCAUCGCCCGCUGCUGAGCCUGCUACUCAACCUCCGACAGCUAGUGAAGCAGCUACUCAACCUCCGACAACUUCUGAAUCCACCACCAUUACUGAGGAGCCAACAACGGAAGAGGAAGAAACUGAACCACCGGCGAUCGUGUGUAACGAUCCUCGCGAAAUCUACGACGAGUGUGGCAAUUCCUGUGGCGAUCGUACGUGCGAGAAUCUGAGACGCGCGGACGUGAAAUGCUCGAAGCAGUGCGUGGAGGGAUGCUACUGCCGCAAUGGUUACGUACGCGAUAAACUCGGCAGAUGCAUUCCGGCGUACCGUUGUGGUAAAGACUAACGUUUCAGAAGACCUCAACGGGUUACUGAUUCCACUGAUCUUAGACAACGUUUUUGGGAUGACUUGAACUGACGUGGAUAGAAGUAUGCGGACAUCAUUCAAGUUGCAAUAUUGCAACUAAUACUUCGAGAACCUCUGAUAUCAGCUUGAGAAUUGAGCAAUAAAAUGCAGAUAAUAAAUAGUCAAUCCAGAA